AUAACGGUGUCGGCGCGGAUAGCGAGCCAUCCACGCCGCCGCCGCCGCCGCCGCCGCCGCCAUGUCGCCGCUCGCCUGCUCGCUGUUCGCUCUCGCCACGCUCUUCGUAGUGUCUGAUGCUAUUCCAAAUCCCUUUUGCGAUGGUCGCCUGAAAGGAAGACGUACAGGAAUCCCAAUUAAAUUUUCUUUGACUGUUUCCGGCGGCGUUGCGCAUUUUCCCGAUAAAUGCUCCUGGGAAGGUCGAAAUUUGGUGGGCGAGCUAGUUGAAACAUGCAAUACGCCAUAUUCCGAGGUCCGAUUCCGCGGCGUCUUAGGUAUGCCGGAUAAGUUCGGGAUAAUAGGUAUCGACUGCCCCACCAACACCAACGGAUGCACCGAACUCCAGCUGGCAGUCUCACAGUAUUGCGAAGAUGUCAUCCCCGAUGAGAAAGUGGAAGUGGAAGCGGAGGCGGAAGUUGAGGCGGAGGCGGAAGUUGAGGCGGAAGCGGAAGUUGAGGCGGAAGCGGAAUAGAGAGAUGUUACCCUUCAAAAGCCCACGUCCUUAUGGACUUAUUCAACAUGACAGCACACACCUUACACAUCACUUUUUAAGCAAGAUACCAAUUUCUUUUGUAGUGGGCUAUAGGAUUGCAUGUUGAAAAUCAAUUUUACUUAUUUUAAGUCACAGGCUUAUUAAAGAUUUUUACUAAAACCAACGUCAUCUGGUAAAUAUUCUCUGCUUCUAGUCUGGUGGAGACAAACAAUUAUUAUUUGAUUCAUUCUGGCAAGAUUUGCUUUCAUCUUUUUUUGGCAUGUUGAAUGAUAAUAAAAAUUGGUAGUCA